CCGAAGGUGUCGCCGUGGUUACCGCCAGGAGGGUUGCUUGGACUCGCGGGGGAGAGCAUGAGUGCCGCUUUGAGCAGAGCGUUUCUCCUGCGAACAGAACCCUUUUUAAAAGAGAUGGCUGCUGGACGACUUAUCAGUCUUGCCUUUGAAACGUCCAGAAAGAAUCCUCUCUGUUCCCUCGGUAGCCCACUGCUGAGCUGCCUCCGGCACUACAGGUCUCAGCCUACCCAUGGCAUCGGACGGUACCAACAUCUCUUACUGGAGCAGGUGACCAAGAAGAAGCGGGACAGAGUGCAGAUGAAGGAGAUUGACCCGGGGACAGAGCACACGUACGGCUUCUUGAACAUUGUGGUGACAGCCUACGACAUGGCCCUUGUGGAACACUAUGCUCGGUACAUCCACAAGCUCUGCAACCAGCUGUCUGUCAGAGUGGAAGAAAGCUACGCCAUGCCCACGAAAACCAUGGAGGUGAUGCUAACGCAGGAGCAAGGGACCAGGAUGAACCUGGAUGCUGUCCUUACAAUCCACCAGCGCAUUGUUCAGAUCAGUGGUUUGAGUGCAACGUUUGCUCCCGUCCUCUUGGAAGUCCUUCAAAGUCACCAGCCUGAAGGCCUCCAUCUGUUAGUGAAAGAGCAUACUGAGGACGAUUUCAAGGUUCGACUGAAGGCUCGUCCGGAACUCGAAGAACUUCUUUCCCAGAUGAAAUGAGCCUGUCGCUUCUUGUUGCAAAUCUCUACUCUGAAGUUUCGUUCAGGCUUCCAUAGGCUCCUUCCACGCUGACUCGGUGAAAAUGAACCUAUGUGCCGGAGCAGUUUCCUGCGCCAUUUUCACAAUGACAAAGUUAAACUUCAGUGGUGUACUGCAGCGUAAUGUGAGACUGUGCCCAAGAGAGAGAACGCUGCUUGCACAGGUGUUGCUAACCCUCAUGCCUUUGCACUGAUUCCACAGGGAUUGUGUCUCUCCAAAAUCUCUCAACUAAAUGAUUUUUGAAGAAUUAAAAUACGAUUCCCCUUAUUAAAAGUGCAUGAAGUUUGCAUAUA